AUGGUUAGGACUAGAGGCCUAGGUCGUGCCUUAGGUAGGGUUAGUGGCAGAGGUCUGGGGAGAGAGGACCGUGAUGAUUCUGACGAUGCUCCCCAGCGGCGAAGGCCGACCGCAUCCGCACACAAGCAACGGGUACCUGUCACUAUUGCAGAUGCUGAGCUAGUGGUACCUGUGGUUGAGGCUGACGUAGCUGCGAUUGAGGCUGACGUAGCUGCAACUGAGGCUGACGUAGCUACGGCUGAGGCUGAAGUAGUUGUAGAUGAGUCGAUGGUAGAAGCUGACGUACAUGACAUUGGUGCAGACAUUGCUGCAAACGCCAGUGCACAGGCUGCUGCAGAUGAGCCUGAGGGAUUUCUGGGUGGAUCGACCGACCCAUCCGUGCUGACCGAGUAUGCUGAGGAUGUUGCAGCCAACGAGUGUCUUGAGUUGAAGUUAUCCUUCCACGGGAGGAAGGUGCAUAAUUUAGGUAGGCUUGUCCCUGCCAUUGAGGGACUAGUUGCUGGGACAAGACUAAGUCCUUUGAUCGCGUGUUCAGUAGACAACGACGAUCGGGGACUUCUAUCCUCGUUUGUCGAGUGGUGGCACUGGGAGCCUUCAAGUUUCCAUCUUCUUGUGGGGGAGGUCAUGAUCACGCUGGACGAUGUUUCAUCUCUUCUUCAUCUGCCCGUCGUUGGCGACUUGCACACCUUUCAGCCUCUGCACGUGGACGAGGCGGUACUGAUGUUGGUCGACUUAUUAAUGGUCUCACCAGAGACAGCCAGGGCUGAGACCGAACACUGUCGUGGACCUCAGACUGGGAGGUAUGCAUGGGGAGUUGCUGCCCUGGUGCAUAUGUACGACCACCUGAAUGAUGCUUGCAUCAGCACUAGCCGACAGCUUGCUAGUUACAUCACCAUGUUGCAGUGUUUGAUAUACGAGCACUUUCUGUCAGUCGCGGAGUGCAACGCUGAUCCGGACUACGACAAGGAUUCACCACAUGCCUAUAGGUGGAUUGCUACGAAGAAGACUAUGAAGAACAUAUCUACAGGGACGUACAGGCAACACUAG